AUGAAACUUAUUAGUAUUUUAAUAAUUAUUAUAUUAAAUGCGAUAUUAUGGAAUCUGAUUGAUUCCGUCAAAAAUAAUAAGGAUAAAAACAAGUUGACUCAUGUUGAGGAAACCUCAAAGGAUUUAGCUAAUGAUACGAUGUUUAACGAUAGGGUAGAAUCAUCGGCGGAUCCACAAAUUCAAAAAUAUAAAGAAGUGUUAAAAAUAAAAUCUAAAAUUACAAAGGAAACAACUAUAGGUAUCGAAGAAAAAAAGCUUAAGAAAAAUGAGAAUAUGAAAAGUAACUGGGAAAAUAAAAAGGAAAAGAAGCGAGAAAGGGACCGAAAAUAUUAUCAAAAAAAUAAGGAAAAGAAGCGAGAAAGAGACCGAAAAUACCGUCAAAAUAAUAAAGAAAAGAGGCGAGAAAUUGACCGAAAAUACUACCAAAAUAACAAAGAAAAGAAGCGAGAAUGGGACCGAAAAACCGUGAAAAAAGGAAAAAUAAAAAGGCAGAUUUACAAGGUGUUCAUUCUGAUAAUGGGAAAACUUCUUUUGUUAAUACACAGAAUGUCGAUUUUGGAAAUAAAGGUAAAUUGCCAAUCGUUUACGAAGAUAGCAUUCAGCAUGACGAAGAAAAUCUUUCUAAUCAAGAGGAAAGACAAUGUAACAAAGACGAAACUGUAA